UUCAACGCGGAGCCAGAAUAAACGUCCUUCCUGCCUAGGUGGCUCCUCUCAGGUGUUCUAGUGACAGCGGUAGUGAUAGAAACCGAUAUAGGAGUAAAGGAGAGGCGGCUCGGGGAUACGGGGGAGUCCCCAGUGAAUUAAGGCUGGGUCCUUCACGCUCACAACCCUGAGGUAGGAGUCAGUCGUACCUAACAGUUACACUGAAGUUACCACCGGCAGCUGCUUUUACUUGUAAUAAUUAUGAUUUUCACAGUAACCCUGAGACAGGUGCUAUCACCACGCCGUCAGCAGACAUGGGAUAGGAACCCAUGCCAUCUACAUCCAGAGUUCUUAGAGCCACCUGGAUACCUUGGAGGCUUCCCUCGGGGCCAGGGGCUUGUAUGGGUGUUGGGGCUUUGGAAUUCUGUGCCCCCCGUAUCCACUUUCUUCUUCUGCCUGGGUUUCCUGCAAAGUGUGGAAGAGGCGCUGUGGUCUGUGAUUCGAAGUCCCGUGGUCUCGUCCCCCGGGCUGCUGGCCCUGCCUGGAUGGGGCCCAGACGCCUCUUCCUGGCAGCCGUGCUGUUUCUGGCCCAGGCAGCACCACCGGAAGCCUCCCAGUACUGCUGCAGCCUUGAGUACUGGAACCCAGACAACAAGUGCUGCAGCAGCUGCCUGCAGCGCUUCGGGCCGCCCCCCUGCCCGGACUAUGAGUUCGUGGAAAACUGUGGGCUCAAUGACUCUGGAGACCUCUUAACAUACCCGUUCAAAAAGUGUGCUCCUGGCCAGUGCAACCCGGAUGGCGCGGAACUAUGCAGACCCUGCGGCACUGGAGCCCCAGCCCCUACUCCGGCUGGGCACUGUGGCAGAACCCAGCCACACUGCAGAGAGAGGCCUGUCCCUGCCAAGAGCCUCUGCCUCCCAACACCCAGAGAACAGAGCAACUCUAGCUCCCAAGAGCCCAGCUCACCGGCGAGUUCCAGUCUCUUGUGGACAACUAAGAGCAACAUCUCUCGGCCAAGUUUUGUCUUGCCCUUGGUGCUGGUCCUGCUCCUGGUCCUGCUUGUGACCCUGGCAGUGACUGUCCUGCUUGCUCUAUGGAGGCAUCACCCACCCAAGGGAAAAACCACCGCCCUCCCCUGUCCUGGCUUGGAUGGUGAAGAAUCCAACACCUACCCGCUCUCCUUGCCCUCACCCUCCCCAGGCACCGUGGAGGCAUCAGAGGCGGGCAGCACAGGGAAGGAGCUCUCUCUGCAUGGACACUUGAGCAAGGAGGUUCCAAACCCGGCGUCACAGCCCCUGUCUCGCCUCCUGGAUGAGCUGGAGGUGCUGGAGGAACUGAUCUUGCUGCUGGACCCUGAGCCUGGGCCAGGUGGGGGAGGGACCUGCGGUACCACUAGACACCUGGCUGCGAGGUAUGGGCUGCCUGCUGCCUGGUCCACCUUCGCCUACUCACUGCGGCCCAGUCGAUCGCCACUGCGGGGCCUGAUAGAGAUGGUAGUGGCCAGGGAGCCAGGCGCCUCUGUGGGCCAGUUUGCUGCACACCUGGCCCAGAUAGGGCGGGCAGAUGCACUGCUGGUGCUGUCCAAGCUUGGCUGAUUUGGAGUUUGCUGGGCCUA